AUGAUCCCUCUCGUCCUGCUGAUGGUGCUGGUACCUGGUGCUCAGCUCCAGGACGAGUGUGAGGGGAGCGCCUGUAACCCCAGGCUCGGUGACUUGAUGGUGGGCCGUGCCGCGCAGCUCUCAGCCUCCUCUACCUGCGGCGUGAAUGGACCCCAGAACUACUGCAUCAUCGGAUACUUGGAGGAGGAGCAGAAGUGUUUCAUCUGUGACUCCCGGUUGCCGUACAACCGCUACAGCAACCCGGACAGCCAUCAGAUCGAGAAUGUCAUCACAGCCUUUGACCCAGAGCGUAAGAUGAAGUGGUGGCAGUCUGAGAAUGGUGUUCAUAAGGUCAGCAUCCAGCUGAACCUGGAGACGCUGUUCCAGUUCAGCCAUUUAGUCCUCACCUUCAAGAGUUUCCGUCCGGCUGCCAUGCUGGUGGAGAGGUCUAAAGAUUUUGGACAGACUUGGAAGGUGUUUCGGUACUUUGCAGAGGACUGCAUGGCCCAUUUCCCCUGGGUGUCCACUCAGCAUGCCGACAGCGUGGACGAUGUCGUCUGUGACAGCAGAUACUCCGGGUCUGAUCCUUCCACUGAUGGAGAGGUGGUGCUGAAAGCUCUGGAUCCAAUCUUUGAAAUAGAAAACCCAUAUGCACCCCAUAUUCAAGAGCUGAUCACUCUGACCAACUUACGUAUCAACUUCACACGCCUCUUCACUCUGGGUGACACUUUGCUGAGUCGGAAGCGCAGAAACCCUGAGGAGAAGUACUACUACGCCCUCUAUGACAUGGUUGUUCGUGGCAGCUGCUUUUGCAACGGCCAUGCCAGCCAGUGUAUGCCUGUGGACAGCAGCAGGGGGGAUGCCUUCAAUGAACCAGGCAUGGUACAUGGUCGCUGUGUUUGCCAACACAACACAGUUGGUGAUAACUGUGAGAGAUGCCAGGACUUUCACAAUGACGCCCUCUGGAGGCCAGGGGGAGAAAAUGGAGCAAACAUCUGCAGGAGGUGUAACUGUCAUGGUCAUUCUGAGUCGUGCCACUUUGACAUCACCCGCUAUGAGGCCACCGGCGGGCUGAGUGGGGGAGUGUGUGACAACUGUCAACACAACCGUGUGGGUCCCCAGUGUGAGCAGUGCAGGCCCUACCUCUACCAGGACGCCCAGAGGUCCCUGGAAGAUCCAGAGGGAUGCAUCUCUUGCGACUGUGACCCCGCGGGAUCUCAGGCCAAUGGUUCGUGUGAUCCCGUGUCGGGCCGUUGUGUCUGUAAGGACAAUGUGGAGGGGGAACGUUGUGACCGCUGUAAAUAUGGCUUCUUCGGCCUCAGGCGAGAAGACCCCUCCGGCUGCCAGAUGUGUAGGUGUAACCUGCUGGGCAGCGUCCAGUCCCACCACGCGUGUAACCAGGACACAGGACAGUGUACGUGUGAUCGUCUGGCGACGGGGCCAACGUGUGACCAAUGUCUGCCGGGGUACUGGGGUCUGGGGAACACAGUGUACAGAUGUGCACCUUGUGACUGUGAUAUUGGAGGAGCACGCGGCACCAUGUGCUCUACAGAGGACGGCCAGUGCCACUGUUUGCCCAACAUGGUGGGCCGGAGAUGUACCGACCCUGCCCCGGGACAUUUUUUGCCCACCCUGGACUACUUCCUGUAUGAGGCCGAGUUCGCUCAUCCACUGGAGCAGAGUGGGAGUUCUUCUCUGUCACCCGUGCUGAAUCCUUCAGUUCUGCCAAAGUGUGAGCAGUACUUCAGGGAGCAGGGCUACGACUUCAAGUUCAGCAACGGACGCCUUGUCUUAGUCAGGAAGACGAAGAGACAGGCUCGAAGGAGAAGACAGGGAGAGUGGAGGACCAUUCCGCUGGACCCUGGCUCGGCGCUGCAGAUCGUGCCCCGUCAGAGGACGGCAGACACGCCAAUCACCUGGACUGGCCCAGGAUUCGUCAGGGUCCUGGAUGGGGCAGGGCUAAGGUUCACCGUUGACAACCUUCCCACCUCCAUGGAUUACCAGCUAGUCAUCCGCUAUGAGCCUGAGUCCCCUGAUGACUGGUUCGCCUCCAUCAGCAUCGUCCCCCUUUCAUCCGGUGACAGUGGCUGUACCAGUGACCCAACAGGAACCAGAACCAUGACCCUACCGGGGAACACCAGGGGUGCUGUUUUGGAUGCUCCAGUGUGCCUGAAUACAGGGGGACGGUACUUCGUGGACAUCACCUUUAGAAAACAGCCCAGCUCCGACUCCAAGUCCAGCUCACACCUCCUGGUUGACUCUAUGGGUCUUGUUCCCAGGUUAGAAUCAAUCCAGGACUUUUGUUCCCAGAGAGAUCUGAAUUUGUUCCGCCAGUUCCGCUGUGUGGGACUCACCGCUGAGCUGGGCCAGGGAGGAAGCAUGCCUGAGGUGUGUGAGGGCCUCAUAGGCAGCAUGUCUGCCAGGAUCAACAAUGGAGCUGUGCCGUGCAGGUGUAACGUCCAAGGCUCUCUGGGACCUUCCUGCAGCAAACUCGGGGGGCUGUGCGAGUGCAAGCCCAACGUGAUGGGCCGAUGCUGCGAUACCUGCGCUCCUCUUACGUUUGGCUUUGGACUGGAUGGGUGCAAACCGUGUGACUGUGACCCCCGCGGUUCAGUGUCAGAGCUCUGCGACCAGGUCAGGGGUCAGUGUCCGUGUCGUAGGGAGGUGGGGGGCCGCAGCUGUGACCGCUGCCAGCCAGGAUACUGGGGGUUCCCUCUGUGUCGGCCCUGUGAGUGCAACGGUCUGGCCGAGCUGUGCGAUCAGCAGACUGGAGCCUGUCUGAAUUGCAGAGAGCACUCCACUGGAGCGAACUGUGAGAGGUGUUUGGAGGGUUAUUUCGGCGAUCCUGUCUCCAGAGAGCCUUGUGGGCCCUGCCUCUGUCCAGACACCCAGAGCAGCGGACGAUUCUUCGCGAGUCUCUGCAGCAAGGACCAUGAAUCCAACAGUCCGACCUGCAUCUGCUUGAAUGGACACACAGGUCCUCAGUGUGACAGCUGCGCCCCUGGUUAUUACGGCAACCUGACGGUACCAGGAGCCCGCUGUGAGGAGUGUCCCUGUAGCAACAACAUCGACCCGGAUGACCGUGCAUCGUGCAACAGCGUGACGGGAGAGUGUCUACGCUGCCUCCACAACACACAAGGACCCAACUGCCAAACCUGCAAGCCAGGCCACUACGGAGAUGCCCUGGGUCAGGCCUGCAAAGAAUGCUCUUGUGACCGCCGAGGUACCGAGGUUGUUCAGUGUCCCCUGGGGAGUCCGUGUUUCUGUGAUCCCAGGACGGGGCAGUGCCCGUGCAGGACCGGCGCCGUGGGCGUACUCUGCAACAAGUGCGAUGAUGGAUACUGGAACAUCGGUGGGGCGUCAGGGUGCCAGCCUUGCAACUGUGAUCCCACCAACUCUCUCAACAAUAUAUGUGAUAAGGUGACUGGACAGUGCCGGUGUCGUCUGCAGUUUGGGGGAAGGCAGUGUGAUGAAUGUGGAGAAAACCACUUUGGAAAUCCUGACCUCCGGUGUAUCUCAUGUGACUGUAACAUGGAAGGGACUGAGCGGCCGGCGUGCAACACAGACACCGGCGAGUGCCUGUGUCGGCUGGGCGUGACGGGCAUCUUCUGCGACGAGUGUGCCCCGGGGUACGACUCGACCUUCCCCGCCUGCACGCCUUGCCACUCAUGCGCAACCCUCUGGGUUGAAAAUGUCACCGAUGUCCAGCACGCCGCCCAGAGGAUGCGUACUUUCAUCCCUCGCCAUGGUGACCAGUUGCAGCCUGGUUACAGUUACCGGUGGCAACGGAUGCUGGAGAUGCACUCCAAGCUGGAUUGGUUAGUCAACCUGACGGGGCAGUCGGUUCCAAAGGUGGAGAAGGUGGAGAAACUCUUUCAGAAGCUUGGGAAACUCAAAGACAGCAUCGACCCCAAUUUAAUCCUGAUUGACCCAUCCUCGCUGCUCAACACUGACAUCGACAACGUUCGCCGUGAUUUCAAGAACCUGUUGAACAAUCUGAAAAACAAACUUGUUGAUGAGCCGGUUGUUGAUCAGGAAGACAUAGAAGAACUGGCGGAUGAGAUUAAGAAGCUCCAUAAGGAGUUCAUGGCAGACGACAAAAGGGUGAGGAAGGCCAACAAGGCCCUGGAGGAUUCGAUGGACAUGCGUCAGGAGGUCAAAAAAAAGCUGGCGUGCUGCAGCAGCAAGGGAGACAUGGAUUCGCUGGAGAAGAAGGUCAAAGCGCUCACCGCGUUGAACCUCAAUGAAAAGAUCUGCGGGGCACCAGGCCACGAGGAAUGUUCCAAAUCAAAGUGUGGGGGGGGCCUUUGUCAAGACUUCCUGGGAAAGAGAAUAUGCGGCGGUCCCACCUGCAAAGGAAGCGUCCCCAUGAGCUUCAACGCCACAGAAACAGCAAACCAAGUGGAAGAUGACAUCAUCGACCUCCUGAGCAAACUACGGGACUCGGAGAACAAGAUCGGUGAUGCCAAACUGGUGGCCCUGGACACCAAAGACAUCACUGCAGAACUUCAGGACAAGCUCAAUGACAGCAAGGAGAAGUUUGAGAAAGAGAAGAAUGAAACAAAGGAGCUCAUCAGACGUGUCAAGGACUACCUGAUGGAUGAGAUGGUUCCACCGGAGGACAUCGAGAAGGUGGCCCGAUAUGUCUUGGCCAUCCAACUGCCGGGCUCCCCAGACGAGAUCCGCACUUUUAUCAAAAACAUUAAAGACCUGCUGUCCAACACCACCACCUUCAAUGAGGAUCUGGCCAAGCUCAAGGAGCAAGCCAAGGAGUUGCUGAAGAAAGCCACGGAUCUCAAGGAAAGGACCAAGGACAUUGAUGUGAGCAGCAUUUCCAAAGAUGUUUAUGAUGCAGAGAAAGCUCAAGACAAGGCCAAUGAUGACCUGGAGGACGCCAACAGAAACAAGGACAUGGCUAAGGAACAAAUCAAAAAUAUUACAGAGAAGCUAGACAAAAUUGACAAGAAUGUGGGCAGCAGUCGUCCUGAUGACAUGCUGGAUGAGAUCAAGGCCCUGAAGAACAAAACAGAGAUGAAUCGAGAUCAAGCCAAGCAGGCCAAGGAGACAGCAGAUGCAGCCUUAGAAGAUGCCACAGAUGCCCAAACUGAGCUUGAGGACGUCAAGAACCUGGUUGACCUUUUAAAGGAGAGAAACUCAAACCAGACCCUGCAGGAUGAGGCCAGAGAACAGCUUAAGAAUAUAAUCACGGAGGCGGAGAAAAUAAAGAAAGCUUUUGAGGACAAGCUGAAAGAAAUUGAAGACUUGGAGAAAAGGACCCAGGACUUGAUCCAGAACAAAGAGGACAAGGCCAGAAAGGUGGCUGAGCUGCUGCAGGCGGUGGAGGUCCUGCGGAAGGAGAUCGCCCAGCGUGCUGAGGACUACAUUAGCUGCACGCUGUAA